AUGUUUUUCCUCAAAGAAGAGACAAAGAUCAUAUCGCUUCACCCGUCUUACUUCGGGCCCAAUGUGCGCGAAUACCUGAUAAACAGACUGAACGAGGAGGAAGAGGGCCGGUGUACAGGGGAUCACUUUGUGAUCUGCGUGAUGGAUAUGGUAGAUAUUGGAGAGGGACGCGUCGUACCUGGGAGUGGAUCCGCAGAGUACACAAUAAAGUAUCGAGCGAUCGUCUGGAAGCCAUUUCGGGGAGAGACUGUGGAUGCCAUCGUCACCUCCGUCAAGCCUACCGGGAUAUUCACCUUGGCCGGUCCAUUGGUGGUCUUCGUUGCGCGGAAAAACAUUCCAUCAGAUAUCAAGUGGGAGCCGAAUACGGUGCCUCCUCAGUACACAGACCACGCGGACCAGGUCAUUGAGAAGGGAACCAGUCUGCGUCUGAAGAUCCUUGGUGUCAAGCCCGACGUUGCUGCCAUCAACGCCAUUGGCACCAUUAAGGAAGACUAUUUAGGACCGCUAUAA